GUUUGUUCUGAACCUCCCAACUGAAAUUAUCACGUGGCGGCUCAACAACCCGUACAUCUCUCACCUACUACACUAGAGAGUCUUUUUAUAACACAUGUUGGUGAUGAUCAUGCAAAACCUUAAACCACAACACAGAGAUAGAGAUGGUGAAGACCAUUAGUGAAUUGGGAUUGGUUGACUUGGUUCAUGCAGGCCUGACCAUCAAUGAGGCCAAGGACUUCGAAGCUGUCCUUAAGCAGACGAUCUCUGCAACCAACACCACGUCAUUUGAUCCAGGAGAGGUGUGGAGGCAGAUAGUGGCUCAGAAAUUGCUGAAACCUUCACACCCACAUGAGCUGCACCAACUGGUUUACUACUCCGUCUAUGCCAAUUGGGAUGUCUCCAACAGAGGCCCUCCACUCUACUGGUUCCCUUCUCUAUAUGAGUCUAGACACACAAACUUGGGCCGAGUGAUGGAAAUGCAUGGUUCACAGCUUUUAGGAACAUCAUAUAAGGAUCCUAUAACAACUUUUAGCCUUUUCCAGAAAUUUUCUGUUGAGAAUCCCGAGGCUUACUGGUCAAUUAUUCUAAAAGAGCUCUCAAUUUCAUUUCGAGAGGCCCCAAAGUGUAUUCUUGAUAGGACUGAAAAAUCGAAGCAUGGGGGAGUUUGGCUUCAAGAUUCAGUUCUGAAUAUAGCUGAAUGCUGUUUGCUACCCAUCAGACAUCCAAGGAGAGAGGAUGGCAGUGUGGCUGUUAUAUGGAGAGAUGAAGGCUGUGAUGAUUCUGCUGUAAAUUGUAUGACACUAAAAGAACUUCGGGAACAAGUAAUGUUGGUGGCUAAUGCACUAGACCAGGAUGCAACCUUUUCAAAGGGUGAUGCCAUCGCAAUUGACAUGCCAAUGACAGUCAGUGCAGUUAUCAUAUAUUUGGCAAUCAUACUAGCAGGAUAUGUAGUUGUAUCAAUAGCUGACAGUUUCGCUGUUAACGAAAUUGCAACUCGUCUGCGUGUGUCUAAAGCAAAGGGAAUCUUUACCCAGGAUUUCAUAAUACGAGGAGGUCGUAAAUUUCCUCUGUACAGUCGGGUUGUGGAUGCUGCUCCAUGUAAAGCUAUUGUGCUUCCAGCAAUUGGGAACAGUGUAGGCAUUCAAUUACGAGAACAGGAUAUAUCCUGGAAUGACUUUCUGUCUAGUGUCAAUCAUCUGCCGAGAAAGAAUUACUACGCUCCAGUCUAUCAGCCAAUAGACUCCAUGACAAAUAUUCUCUUUUCAUCAGGAACUACAGGAGAUCCAAAAGCUAUCCCAUGGACACAACUUUCGCCAAUUCGAUGUGCAGCUGAUUCAUGGGCUCACAUUGAUACUCAAGUUGGAGAUGUCUUCUGCUGGCCCACAAAUUUAGGAUGGGUUAUGGGUCCAAUUUUAAUCUACUCAUGCUUUCUAAGUGGUGCAACUCUUGCUCUCUAUCAUGGAUCUCCUCUAGGUCGUGGCUUCGGAAAGUUUGUUCAGGAUGCAGGAGUCACUAUUUUGGGUACAGUUCCCAGCUUAGUAAAAGCUUGGAAGAGUACAGAGUGUAUGAAAGGCCUAGAUUGGACAAAGAUAAAAUCAUUCGCUUCGACUGGUGAAGCAUCUAACGUCGAUGACGACCUUUGGCUCUCUUCCCGUGCUUAUUACAAGCCCAUCCUUGAAUGCUGUGGAGGCACAGAACUUGCUUCAUCCUACAUAAUGGCAAGUCCACUGCAGCCACAAGCUUUUGGGACCUUUAGCACAAAGUCGAUGACAACAGGCUUUGUCAUCCUUGAUGAAAGUGGAGUUUCUUACCCAGAUGAUGAAGCUUGUGUUGGGGAAGUGGGUUUAUUCCCUCUGUACAUGGGAGCAACUGAUAGAUUGCUAAAUGCUGACCAUGAAGAAGUCUACUUCAAGGGAAUGCCAAUGUACAAUGGAAUGCAACUCAGGAGACAUGGAGACAUAAUCAAAAGAACAGUUGGGGGCUACUUCAUUGUUCAAGGCAGGGCUGAUGACACCAUGAACCUUGGUGGCAUCAAGACAAGUUCUAUUGAAAUUGAGCGUGUAUGUGACCGGUCUGAUGAAAGUAUCUUGGAGACAGCUGCAGUUAGUGUUGCACCAGUGAAUGGGGGUCCGGAACAGUUGGUUAUAUAUGUGGUAUUAAAGAAGGGAUUUGAGACCAAAGCAGACGAGCUAAAGACAAAAUUCUCAAGAGCCAUUCAUAGCAACCUUAACCCUUUGUUCAAGGUGAGCUUGGUCAAGAUUGUUGCAGAGUUUCCUCGAACAGCUUCUAAUAAGUUAUUGAGAAGAGUUUUGAGGGACCAAAUGAAGCAUGAGCUUUCUGUUCGGAGUAGAAUGUAGUUACUGUUCUAUGUCAGCCAACAGUGUUCACUCCCUUUUGUGCGGAUGAUAAAUAGGAAUUUGCAGAUGGGAUGAGAAUUGAUGUUAUUGUACAAGGUAUGUGGGGUAUUGUUGGAACUUGUGGGACUUCCACAUGGAAGAAGUUUUAACAGUUGCAAUGGAUGGAAUCAAACAACGUCAAACAACUGCCGAUGCAACCGACGCAACUGUUCAUCUUGGCUUUUAUAUAAGGACGACCUUCGGUCGUCAUUAUCCAUCGAUCAAUCUUCUUCUUCCUCCCCCCAAAGUUAUUCUGAGAAACAUAAAGUAGAAUUCGUCACCAAAUAGUUGUAUCCUCUAGAUAGACGUCCGAAACUACAGCACAAGUAGGGGCGAAUUUCUGUCUUAGGUCACUGCAUCGCAGGCCUCUAUCUGAUCAAGUUAGUAAUUCAAUUUUGAAUUAAAGUUA